AUGACUAACACAAGACGUGAAUGCACAAUUGCCCUUCGUCCUGUUGAGAUUACCAAUCAGCAGCUUAUGGAAAUACUUUCUACUGUGAGAGCUGAUAUGUCUACUGUAAAAGGACAGAUUGGCAAUGUUGAGCAAACUCUGACCAACGUGAAUGGCAGAAUUGGCGUUCUUGCCACCACCAGCACCAACACCAUCAGUGCCAUAGAUAGUUUGGCCAGAACUCCCCUUGCUGCUCCUGUGAGAGCCAAACUCACUGUUGCUGCACCUGUUGUCAUCUCCAACCAUGAGUCUACCCGUGAAGAAUCUAAUGCAGUUUAUGCUCAUAUUCACAACCUUAUGUGGAAACCCAAGCUUAGCUUGAGAACGCCAGAAAAUAUCCUGGCCAGCAACCUCAAGCCCAGAUGGGAUACAAAUGUUGCUUUCAACAAAUCUCCCAACAGGGAGAUAGCCGAGAGACUUCUUUCUAACCUUGAGCGCAGGUUUGGUUCCUCUAGUAUGAGACGGAGUGACCUCCGAAAGAGGUUGCACACCAACUUCACUAGUAGAACCCGUCGUGAGAGAAUGUCUGAUGAUGAGAUAGUGGAAACAAAUGCUCUUACACGAAGAGCAGCCCGUGCAGAUGAUAAUGAGUGUCACUGUGUACUGGCAUACAAAGACAAUAAGGAGGCAAUUGAUCUUGUAAUGCUCAGAGACUGUGCCAACACUCUCCAAAAAGCAGUAAUGUCAGAUGGAGAGUCUGCUGAUGAAAUGGACGAGGAUGGCAUAAAACAUGUCAUUCAUAUUGUACAACCAGGCUGGAGAAGCGAUGAGUGUAACCGUUUCAUUGCACUUGUUGACACUUAUGCUGUCCAGGCCAUGGGGUCAAGUGCUAAUCAAAGAAUCUGUAGGAUCACUACUAGUGUGUCUAACUCAGCAGUCCCAGAUAACAUUAGCCCCAAUUUUCCUUGGUGGGCUCUUAGGGACGGGCUCUAA